UGAUAUAAACAUUUCGCCGACAUGGGUAUUCUAGGCUUGUCGAAGCUAAUAGCGGACGUAGCUCCGGAAGCUAUCAAAGAGCGAGAACUGAAGCACUACUUCGGUCGCAAGAUAGCUGUUGAUGCGUCUAUGUGCUUGUAUCAGUUCCUCAUAGCUGUGCGGAGCGAAGGUGCCCAGCUCACUACCGUGGAUGGCGAAACAACCAGCCAUUUAAUGGGUACGUUUUAUCGUACCAUACGCUUGGUGGAGCAAGGAAUCAAGCCCGUGUAUGUAUUCGAUGGGAAACCGCCAAAUCUGAAAAGUGGAGAAUUGGCUAAAAGAGCUGAAAGAAGGGAUGAGGCACAGAAACAGUUGCAGGCUGCCGAGGAAGAUGGAAACGUGGAAGCGAUAGACAAGUUUAACAGGAGAUUGGUUAAAGUUACGAAAACUCACGCUGACGAAGCUAAGGAAUUACUUCAGUUAAUGGGCAUACCUUAUAUUGAUGCUCCUUGCGAGGCUGAAGCACAAUGUGCCGCUUUAGUGAAAGCUGGUAAAGUCUUCGCCACUGCCACGGAGGAUAUGGACGCGCUCACUUUUGGCUGCAACGUGCUACUUCGACGCUUGACCUUCAGCGAGGCCAGGAAGUUGCCCGUACAGGAGAUUCAUUUCGAUAAAGUUCUUGCAGGUUUAGAGCUGAAUCACGAUGAGUUCAUCGACCUCUGCAUUAUGUUGGGUUGCGAUUAUACAAAUAGUAUCAAAGGCGUCGGUCCAAAAAGAGCAAUAGAAUUGAUAAAAAAUCAUAGGUCUCUCGAAAAAAUCGUUGAGCAUAUAGAUGCCAAGAAGUAUUCCAUACCGGAAGAUUGGAAUUACAAGGAUGCAAGAUUAUUGUUUCAAGAACCAGAAGUGUCGAAUCCAGAUGACAUCCAGUUAAAAUGGUCCGAGCCAGACGAAGAAGGUUUGGUGAAGUUUUUAUGCGGCGACAAACAGUUUAAUGAGGAACGGGUUAGAAACGGGGCUAAGAAGCUUCACAAGGCUCGAAACACGUCCACGCAAGGCCGAUUGGAUUCGUUCUUCAAGGUUUUACCGAACUCGAAUCCGACUCCAAAGCGGAAGGCAGAAGAAAAAAAGCCAUCGGCUAAGAAAGCGAAGACAGGUAACAGCAAAUUUCGCGGUAAAGCAAAGUGAGAGUAAUUUUAUAAAUUUGAGAAGGAUGUAUAAUAAUGCUAAUAGUGUACUUAUAUCUUGCAUGAAAUGCCAUCUCGACGUAGCGUCUUAUACACGUGUCGCGCGUUUAUUUUAUAAAUUUCUACACUGAUUGCGGUUUCGAUUGACAAACAUAGUAUAACUUUUUCUAUUUAUUUCGCAAAAUAUAUACAAUAUUCGUGUACAAUAUAUAUUCUUAUAAAUUCCAUUAGCAAGUAUUCAACAAUAAUAGUCGUAUAAUCACAUUUUUUAAAUAAAAAAUCUACAUUGUUAUAUUAA